AUGAUGAGCCUCGCCGAGUUCGAGGCAUUCGUCAGGAAACGCUUUACGAUGCCUGAGACCGAGGAGGAGGAAGCUACCUGGGGCAUGCUGCCCGAGCAGGAGGAGAGUUUCCGGGAAGUCAAGGCGUUCCACCUGACGUCGCCGGAGGGAUCACCGGAUGUGCCCUCACCCGCAUUCGAGUUUGACGGUGACGAGGACGAGGUGUCCGAGGUUUCGGAGUCUGACUCUGAGUCUGACUCGGGCAGCGAGACGGAGACGGAACGGGGAUGCGGUGCUUACAGCGUCUCCCCGCCCGAGACGCCCCUGCACUCACCCCCGGACACACCGCAGCUCCGCGCGUUCUCCUCCCUGCCCGAUGCCCCAGAGGAGGCCGUGUCGCCCCUCGACCCGGCGCCGCCAUUGCCGCUGCGCAUGCUGCCCCCCACGGCCCCGCCGAACAAGCCUCUUCCUCCCACACCCGUGUUGACCCCGCCGGCGAUCGUCCUCCAGCGCGGGCUUCCGACACCGAUCGAGGGUCCUCGUCCCUCAUCUGAUGGAGAGCGCGAGCUUCCUCCAACACCACCGACGCCGAGACCACCAAAGAAGCUGCCGAAGACUCCCGAGUCGCCCGAGGCCAGCGUUGAGCUCCCCGACCUCCCCAUCACACCGCGAGCGAGCCCCGAGCCCCGUCUCCAGAAGCAGGACAAGAUCCCGCACCUCGGCGUCACGCCGGCAACGAGACGAGCUCUGAAGCUCCGUCCGACGCGUGCUGCGCCGUCGCCACCGAACUGUCCACCUGCAGUCACGGUCCCGCUGGAGAAGCCCGUCGGCCGCGCUGCCACUCUGAUCCAGCGCGUCCCCAGUCUGAGCAAACUGACUGGACCCCGUGCUCCGCGCACCCCUCUCAGGUCGAACACGACUCAGCUCACGCAGCGCAAUCCUUCCACUUCGCGGGGGACGCGGCCCACUGCCCCUCUCCUCACCAUCCCUAACUUUGGGCACCUGGGCUCGCACCUCAUGCUUUCUCCUCUGUCGCCUCUGGCAGGUGAGAGCCCCACGACACCGAAGGCGGAGGAGAAGACCCCGACAGCGUGUGUCUCGUCGUGGGAACGCGCGAGCCUGGCAGCCUUCUACCGCUCGGCGAGUCCCGCCCCGACUAUCCUGCACUACCGCCGCCCAGCCGAUUGGGUGUCCCCAAUCACAGGGACGGCGCACCAGUGGCCGCUGAACCACAAGCGCUCAGCCUCCGCCCCUGAGCAGAGGCGGCAUUCCUCGCCCACCACUCCUGUGGAGGAGACGCCGACGAGUCUCUGGAACCCGCCGCCUGUCGUGCGCACACCAAGCAGUUCCCACCGCGAGGCGAGCGUGCACAUGUCCCGCUCGUCGUCCCACGACUCGGGCAGCGUCGGACUCACGUCUGAUGCUGGCUCCGACUCCGAGUCGGAAUGGGACGCCUCCUCCGACGCCGCGUCAGACCGGAGCCGCCGCUGCUCCACGAUCCUGGGCAAGGUCGAGUUCGAUGUGGGCCGAGACGAGGUUGCGCUCGUCACUGGUCUGACGGCGCAGCAGCAGCAGGCGCUCGAGGACACGCUCGACGAGGCCCUCAUCGAGAUGCUCCAGGACACGGUGCGCGAGAUGCUCGAGUGCCGAUCCGAGACGCUCGAUGUCAUGAAGGCUGCGGCUAUCGUUCCCUCCCGCGCGGCACCUUCGCCUCCUCUCCCGCCGCCAUACUCGCCGGCCGAUGUGCCGAACCCCAUCCCCGCCAUUGUUACGAGUGCGCCGCCACAGCUUCCCCUCCCUCCGGUCCCCGAGAAAAACCCGCUGCGAUGGGAGGAUGUCCGCAUCGGCGACGACUACAUGAGCAGCAACUCCAGCCUUGUGAGCGGCGAGAGCCCAGCGAAAAGCAUCACUAUCCACGAGGUCGACCUCGACUCGCCGACUGCUGUUGAUCUUUCGACGCCAGUCAACCGCUUCUCGCUCCCGCUCUGGCGCAAGGUCAGCGAGGAGUGUACCUGGGACGAGCUUGAGGCUGAGUGGCGCGCACGCGAUAGCGCGUACUCGCCUAACAAGAGACUGGACCAGCGGCCGCGAGGACCUCGGUCUCCCAGGAGCUCAAGACAGCCCAGAACACCGAGACAGCAGGGCGCCUGCCAGUCGUUCGCCCUGUGA